GUAAGUCAAAUCUCAUGGAUGCGAUCAGCUUUGUAUUGGGUGAGAAAACCAGCAACCUGCGAGUAAAGACCCUGAGGGACCUGAUCCAUGGAGCUCCUGUGGGCAAGCCAGCUGCCAAUCGGGCCUUUGUCAGCAUGGUCUACUCUGAGGAGGGUGCUGAGGACCGCACCUUUGCCCGUGUCAUUGUUGGGGGUUCUUCUGAGUACAAGAUCAACAACAAAGUGGUUCAGCUACAUGAGUACAGUGAGGAAUUAGAGAAGUUGGGCAUUCUCAUCAAAGCUCGUAACUUCCUCGUCUUCCAGGGUGCUGUGGAAUCUAUUGCCAUGAAGAAUCCCAAAGAGAGGACA